AUGGCAUCUGUUCGGAAUGGCUACGUAAAUGGCACCACUGUCGCAGUGGAAAAUGCAAUUGAUGCAUUUUCAGCGAAACCUCGAUUCUCCGACAUCCCUUCGGCUAUCGACAUUCCGGCGUCCUCGUUCGACACCGAAGUCGAAAUCAGCCUUGAAGAACUCCCCGAAGAUCCCACCGAGCUCUGCACCCUCCUUGACAACGAACAAGCUUCGAAAAAUUUCUGGGUAAUAAUCGCACUCGCUUAUGCUAAACAUAACCAACUUGACCUCUCCAUCGAGAUCCUCAAUCGCGGAAUCGCAUCCUUGCCUCAUGGCGCGUCAAAUGAGAAGCUCGGCCUUCUGAGCUGGAUAUGCUGGAUAUACUUGCUUAAGAGCAGACAAGCCCCUAGAGUCGCUCCGGAGGGGCAGUUACUCUCCGAAGCUAGAACAAAAGAUUAUUAUCUCCAAGCCGCUACAGCCACUGUUAAUGAAGCUUAUCGAUUGAAUCCAGCUUUUCCACCGUUUUUCCUUGCCCGCGGCGUCCUAUCCCUCUUACGCGCCUCAUUACAGCCUCCAGCUAAAGCGGUCGUGCAAGGGCGUACUACAUGCUCGGACGAGUCGAAAGUUGCCAAUAUCCUCCUUGCAGCGUAUUAUCUUCACGAUAGCUCGCGCCAUUCGACGACGGACCCUUCCUUUGGUUCCUUAUACAAACUCGCCAUGACCCAGUACACCCAAAAGGCUUUUAAACUCGAUAAGGAAUACCCGAUGACAUGCGCUAUGUUCGGUGGUUAUUUCCUCCUCCGCAGACAUUUCCCGACAGUUGAGGCACUCGCAAGAAAGGCUAUUGAACUCACUGAUGUCAAUGCCAUAGCUAGUGAUGGCUGGUAUUUGCUAGCGCGCAAAGAACAUGAGGAAGGUGAUCCAGCGAAGGCGCAGGAAUAUUACAACCGUGCCGACCAGGCAAGAGGCGGUUCCGACAAGGGAUAUCUACCCGCUAAAUUCGGCGCGGUACAGAUGCAAAUUAGGUCACAAGAUAAAGAUGGCGCGAAAUUCAGGCUUGAGAAGAUAGUUCAGCAAAAGAAAAAUCCGGAGGCAAUGACUUUGCUGGGCUCUCUUUACGCUGAAGAGGUCUUCGAAGUUGCAAACAGUGCCAACAAGGAAGACAAAUCCGCGGAAAUCAAGAAAGCCACGAGCCUACUUGAAGCUGUUCGCGCCUCGUGGAAGGAUGAAAAAAAGAAAAUAUCCCCUGAUAUAUCUGUCCUGCUUUAUCUUGCCCGUUUGUACGAGACGACUGCCCCUGAAAAAAGCAUGCAAUGCCUUUCUCAAAUUGAGCAAAUACAGCUUGCUCAGAUUCCUGAUUCAGACAAGCCAGACGAUGUGGAAGGCGAGGAAGCUAUGACUAAUAUCCUCCGAGAACGCCUAGCUCCUCAGCUACUGAACAACAUGGGCUGCUUUCUCUAUCAGGCCGACAAAAUUGAACAAGCUAGAAAUAUGUUCCAAACUGCCCUCAAUGCAUGCGUGAAAACGCAGGAGAAGGACGAUGGAACCGAUACAGACGCGCUUGUGACUACUAUCAGUUACAAUCUUGGGCGUACCUACGAGGCCGCAGGGUUGCCCGAAGAAGCCGAAAAAGUGUACGAAGGACUUUUGAAGAGACAUGGAGAUUAUUCCGAAGCCAAUGCUCGGUUGACGUACAUGUCCCUUCGUCAAAGCCCGACCGAUGAAGGCCCAAAAAAAAUGGCGAAGCUUUAUGAAGCAGAUGCUACCAACUUGGAGGUUCGAGCUCUUUUUGGAUGGUAUCUCAACAAGUCUAAACGCCGAACUGCGAAUAUCGCAGAAGAUCACGAACAGCGCCACUAUAAACAUACCCUUCUAGGGUAUGAUAAACAUGAUCGAUACGCUUUGACCGGGAUGGGUAACGUACACCUAAUGGCGGCUCGAGAUAUGAGACGAGAUGGGGAACAAGAUCGAGAGAGGCGGAGAAAGAUGUAUGAUCGAGCGGUUGAAUUUUUCGAUAAAGCUCUUCAGUUGGAUCCGAAGAAUGCAUAUGCCGCCCAGGGAAUCGCGAUCGCACUAGUCGAUGACAAGAAAGAUUUCUCAACCGCAGUUCAGAUAUUUUCUAAAGUUCGCGACUCCAUACGUGACGCAAGCGUUUACCUGAACUUGGGUCACGUCUUUGCAGAAUUGAGACAGUUUUCAAAGUCUAUUGAAAAUAUUCUUUCCUGCCUUGGUCGUGUAUGGUUCCUCAAGGGUAAACAAGAGCGAAGCAUAGCUUCAAUGAAGACGGCUUUGGAAUAUGCCCAACGCGCUCGUUCUGUUGCGCCUGAGCAGAAACAUCUUGACUUCAACCUUGCGUUUGUGCAAAACGAAAUAGCUCAUCUCGCAUCGAAUCUUCCCGAGACACAAAAGACUUCUCAAGAAAUCGAGGAAGCUCUAGGUGGGCUUGAGGAAGCUGUGGCGACUUUUGAGAAAAUCGCCAAAGCACCAAAUCCUCCCUAUCCACCGAUCUCGCUUGAACAGAGAGCAAACAUGAUCAAAAAUACGACCAUUAACCAACUUCAGCGCGCUUUGCAGAGUCAAAAAGAGUAUGAAGAAAAGAACGCCGCAAAGUUGCAACAGGCAAGGGAGGCUCGUGAGGCUGAACAAAAGCGAAGGGAAGAAGAGAGACGUAAACUCGAAGAGGCGGAGGCAGAAAGGAAACGCCAGAUCGCUGAAGAAAGACAGCGAAUGGUCGAAGAGGCCCAACGGCUCGCAGCCAUUCGUACAGAAGAGGAGAAAGCCAGGGAAGCUGCCGAGUACACCACAGAUUCCGAAACUGGGGACAAGAUUAAAAGAAAGAAGCGGCCUUCGGGGGCCAAGCGAAAGAAGAAGGGGGAGGAUGGAGAGGAACGAGAGACAUCGAGAAAAUCGAGGGCUAAAAGCACCACUAGUUCUCGCACACCCGCCACUUCUGACGCUGAAGACCAGCCUGCCCCAAGGAAGAGGAGACGCCUGGGAAGAAGAUCUACAGCCAAGUCGAACAAGUACAAGAGUAGUGAAAUUGUUGUUGAAUCCGAAACUGACGAGGGAGAAGCGGUGCCAACUCCGGAUGAAGACCAGCCCAUUGAAAAGGCAGAAGACGAAGAAAUGGGAGACGUGGGAGAUGCUGAGCAGGAAGACGAAGAUGCGAUGGUUUCGCGAAGGCGUAAGAAGGUCAACUUGCGAAUCGAGGACGAAGAGGAUGAGGAUGAGGACGAGGGUGACGUUGCGCCUGCACCGGCAGACGAACAAGAUGAUUUGUUUGGUGAGAAAUCGGCCAGCGAAGAAAACGAGGCGAAGGCUGGUGGAGAUGCAGACCUGGACACCGAAAUGCGAGACCAAGGAGACGAGGACUGA